GCCCCAUUAGGCCCGUCCCUUUACGCCACUUGCUUGUGCGUGAUGACAUCAUACCUACGCUACCCAUAAAAGUCCAGCCCAGCGACCGCUUCCGCCUUUUGAGAGGCCUGCCGAGCGCUGGUGAGAUGGCGCCGCAAAAAGACAGAAGGUCAAAAAAAUCAACUUGGAAGUUUAGCCUUGACCUUACCCAUCCCGUAGAAGAUGGAAUAUUUGAUUCUGGAAAUUUUGAACAGUUCCUAAAGGAGAAGGUUAAGGUCAAUGGAAAAACUGGAAAUCUGGGGAACAUCGUUCACAUUGAACGUUUUAAGAACAAGAUCACAGUCAUAUCUGAGAAACAGUUCUCUAAAAGGUAUUUGAAAUAUCUCACAAAGAAAUAUCUGAAGAAGAAUAAUCUUCGUGACUGGCUUCGUGUGGUAGCAUCUGAUAAGGAGACAUAUGAGCUGCGGUAUUUCCAAAUCAGUCAAGAUGAGGAAGGAUCAGAGUCUGAAGAAUAAAUAGAGCUUUUACUGAAAGCUUUAUAUUUCUAAACAGUGUACCAAAGACUAAACAUCUAUUUAUGAGAACACUUUAACUUAUUGGUGAAUAAAGGUUUUGUGCACUGUUUUAAAAAAGUUCA